GAGGACGAUGACACCGAAGACCUUGCCACGUCUCGCUUAGAACCGACAAGCACUGCAGAGAAGUCUGAUAUCUUCAAAAGCUUUGCAUCUGAGGAGCAUAAGCUUACACUCAUUGUCCGCACUGGUAGGCCCGAUGUAGACGUGUCUUCUCAUGCAGCUGACACAAAUAGACCUGAAGAUGACGAAGGGAAAAAUGGCUGCCCAAGCUGGACAUGCGACUUUGGCUUGCUAUAAACGCGCAGAGAAGAUCAUGCCCCAGACGGUACGGCGCUGGGAGAAGUCUGGCCAAGCCAAAAUUGCACUCAGGGUUGAAUCUGAGGAACAAUUAGAGGUCAUGCAAGCGACUGCAAUGAGCCUUGGACUUGUCGCAGAAAUCAUCCACGACGCUGGGCGAACUCAGAUCGCAGCAGGUUCCAGUACAGUGCUGGGAAUCGGACCAGGUCCAAAGUCUCUGAUUGACCAGGUGAGUGGGUCCUUAUCCCUGUUGUAA